CGUUUGGGUAAAAAGGGGAAAAUAACAAGGGAAACAGAAACAGAGAGAGAAAGAUAAACCCAAAACCCUAGCCCCCCUCACAACCCCCUUUCCUCCUGGUAACGACGAUGAGGCCACUGGACGAGAGCGAGACCACACAAGUCUUCGAGAAGAUGUUCAAAUUCACAGGCAACAACCUCAAGAACAUCGUCGACAACCCUUCUCACGAAGGCCCAGAACCCAACCCAGGUCGCUACUGCUUCCGAUUGCAGAAGAACCGAGUCUACUACGUCAGCGAAUCGCUUGUCAAGCGAGCCACAAACAUCAAGCGAGACAAUCUCGUUUCACUCGGUACCCAAAUCGGUAAAUUCACUAAAGGAGGCAAGUUUCAUCUUUCGAUCCAAGGGCUCAAUUUGCUCGCCGCCAAUGCAAAGCACAAGGUCUGGCUCAAACCCACCUCGGAGAUGUCGUUUUUGUACGGAAAUCAUGUUUUGAAAGGUGGGUUGGGGAGGAUUACUGAGAAUAUUGUGCCCCAAGAUGGGGUUGUGGUGUUUUCGAUGGCGGAUGUGCCGUUGGGGUUUGGGGUUGCGGCCAAAUCGACCCAUGAUUGCAGGAAGAUGGACCCGAAUGGGAUUGUGGUGCUGCACCAGUCGGAUAUUGGGGAAUACUUGAGGAUGGAGGAUGACCUCUGAAAAUUUUGCUGUUGAUUUGGAGGAUAAAUUUGUGUUUUUGUAGGAUAAAUUUGUGUUUUUGUAUGUGGGUGUUAGUUACUCAAUUCUGAGUGACUUGGGUUUUAUAUUUUAAUUUUGUAUGUGGGAUUGAUUUGAGUUUGUUAUUUAACUGUUUUUAUAAUAUGAUCAUGAUGGUUAGCAUGAAGUUGUUUCAACUGC